ACCUGUCCGUUCGAAGGCGAGGGGUUUGCACUUCCGCUGUCAUCGCGAACCAUUAGUAAAAAAGAGAGUGGCGAUGAAAAAAGCAGGAAAUGGACCCACUGUGGAGUUUGUGACUGGGAAGUGCUGAGUUGUUGUUGUGGUCGUAUACGCGGGUGGACUUGAAGAGCUAUGCCCAGCUGAUACAGACGUGGCGGUGCUGUCUCUCCGGCUCUGGCAAGGCGGGCGUGAAGGUGGGUGCACACGGUACAAAAUGGAAAAGACAGACUAACCCUAAAGAGAAACAUUUGACUGGGUGAGAGCCAUGGCCUUCCUGGACAACCCGGCAAUCAUCUUGGCCCACAUCAGACAGUCUCAUGUCACCAGCGAUGACACUGGCAUGUGCGAGAUGGUUCUCAUUGACCAUGAUGUUGACCAGGAGAAGUGUCAGGCUUCAAGUGGGAUGGGUGGUGGAGUGUCCAAUGCCCAUGCCCCUACUGGUGAUGGAGAAAUGCAAGGAUUUGACCUCUCACAGUCUGUUGACAUUACCUCAAGCUGGGAUUUUGGGAUCCGAAGACGCUCCAACACUGGAUAUCAAGACAGAGAUGAAAGAUCAGGGAAUUUCCUCAAACAUGAGGGGCAGGUGAGAGCUCAGAGACUUGAACGACUCAGAAAAGAGAGACAGAACCAAAUUAAAUGCAAAAACGUUCCAUGGAAGGAGAGGACUGCGUCACAGUCAGUAGAUGACUUCAGUUCACUUUUUGAAAAGAAGGACUUUAAGGACAAACCUGUAAGCACUGGGAAACAGUCUACACUCUCACUUAGACUGGAACAGUGUCCACAGCAGCUGAACAACCCUUUCAAUGAGUAUUCAAAGUUUGACGGCAAGGGCCAUGUAGGUACAACAGCCACCAAAAAAAUUGACGUCUACCUCUCAAUGCAGUCAUGCCGGGAAAAGCUGCAGCCCAUGACAGUGGUGACGAUGGCCAACGCCAGGGUGCAUGACCUGAUUGGACUUAUCUGCUGGCAGUACACAAGCGAAGGACGGGAGCCCAAGCUAAAUGAAAAUGUCAGUGCAUACUGUCUCCAUAUUGCAGAGGAUGAUGGGGAAGUGGACACAGAUUUUCCACCGCUCGACUCCAACGAGCCCAUUCAUAAGUUUGGCUUCAGCACCCUGGCACUGGUUGAGAAGUACUCUUCACCGGGGCUGGCAGCAAAACAGUCCCUCUUUGUUCGAAUAAAUGCAGCCCAGGGCUUCUCUCUGAUUCCCGUGGACAGCAUGAAGGUCACCAUGAAGGAAAUCCUACAGAAGACGCUGAAAAAAAGGAAGGGCUCCCAGAGAGGCUCAGGUCCUCAAUACCGGCUAGAAAAGCAGAGUGAGCCCAACGUCGCAGUAGAUUUAGACUGCACCCUGGAAAGUCAAAGCACUUUAGAGUUUUGUUUGGUCCGAGAAAACAGUUCUCGUGGGGAAGAGAGUUCAGAAGAGGACCCCCCUAUUGAUAUAUCUGCCGUUCAAGAUAUGUUGAGCAGCCAUCACUACAAAUCCUUUAAAAUUAGUAUGAUACAUAGGUUGCACUUUACCACUGAUGUCCAAUUAGGUGUUUCAGGAGAAAAGGUAGAAAUUGAUCCGGUGACCAAUCAGAAGUUCUGGAUCAGGCAGAAACCCAUUUCAGUCGAUUCAGACCUCCUUUGUGCCUGUGACCUCGUGGAAGAGAAGAGUCCAAGUCAUGCGAUAUUUAAGAUCACAUAUCUCAGCCAUCACGACUUCAAGGCCGUCUUCAAGACCCUCUUCUUUGAAUCGGACGCAGCCACGGUCAAUGAGAUAGUACUUAAGUUAAAUUAUAUUUUGGAGUCCCGAGCCAGUACUUCCCGAGCUGAAUACUUCACUGAGAAGCAGCGGAAGCUGAGCAGGAGGACGAGCUUCAGUUUCCAAAAGGACAAGAAAUCCGGGCUGCAGUGAAUCCUACGUUCUCCGAGGGUUUUUCGUUUUUUAUUUUUUUUUUUCUUUUUCCAGAGGACUCACGACAUCUGGGGCUCAACGGAUGCGGGAAAGUGUUGGCUGUGGCAGCGUUUACGAUUGAGUCAAAGCCCACCCCCCUACCCGUGGUGGUACAGCCGCUCUCUUUAGCCAUAUCAGCGGAGCAGCGAGGGAGGACAGAGAGGCUGGCAGCAAGCUGGUCAGGCCUGAGUCCUUCACUAAUCCCGCCUCUAAACCCUCCACCCCCACCAAUCCACACCUUCACCUGUCCUUGUUUUGGAUUCGUGGCACAGGUAACGACUUCCGCUUACACGCACGAACUGUAAAUACCCGAAAGGAGAGCAGAACAAACCGACCGAGCUGAAAAGUGCGACUUAUAUCAGGGUUUGUUUGACGCCACCUUGUGGUUAUUUCGUGUUUUGUUAUUUUUUUUAUUUUAUUUUUAUUUUUUUUCAAUUUGUACAUAGUGAUUGCAUUUGGCACCAGUCUGCAGUUACCUGCUCCGGCUGUUAGUUCUUCAGUGCCUAUACAGUGUAGUAAAAUGCAAAUCUGAGAGUUUUACACGCGCAAUCUCAGAGUCCAGCUCCAGUCUCCAUAAGUCGCCAUACGAUAAUCUGAGAACAAAGUUGAGGAGUCAUUCAGAGGUUUCCUUUGUCUUUCUGACUGGCUAAAUAAAGCAUUUUUAUGACCACAAAAA